GGGAAGAGGAGGACCCGGACAUAUAUACAUGCAUCAGCAGCUGCUGCUCGAAUUCUAAUCUAGACGGCUUAGAAGUUGUGUCUGUGAGCGGGAACGCUAUCUUAUUUAAUACCGCUGGAACUGGUCACUGGAACUACAAUUGGAUCCUGCUAAUAAGCACCAAAUUUGAUCUACAAGCAAGUUUUUUUUCUUAGGAUGUCAAGAUCCCUCCCUGGCUGGUUUUUAGGUUCAGCCAAAGAAAGUGUUGCAUUGUUAAAAGGAGACAAACGCUUAUUCUCAAGAUGUGUACUAAGCAGAGAUCACACGAAAUGGAAGCGUACACGUAUGGGGAGACCAUCUAUCCAGACCUGUUUCUCCUAUCCAGAAUAUGAGAAUAACGUCUCCACAAGAAAAUCCUUUAGUUCCCAUUCGACAGAAGAACGUGUGCAGUUUCAGUUGUCCCCAUCCUAUGUUAAUCACAUACUUAGAGUAAAUGAGCUGUCCUACAAAGUGCCAGAAAUUGAUGGAAAGAAUCGAAGUACUAUUCUAAAGUUUGAUAGCAACCAGCUGUGCUCCAACAAUCCAUGUGAGGAUCGCAGGAGUGCAGCCACCUGCCUACAGAACAAGGGUCAUAUUUUUGGAGUGUUUGAUGGACAUGCAGGAGCUUCAUGCGCUCAGACCAUUAGUGAGCGCCUUUUCUAUUAUAUUGCUGUUUCCCUCAUGCCACAGCAAACGCUAGAAGAAAUUGAAUAUGCCAUGGAACAUAUAAAACCUGUGUUUCCAAUUCUUCAGUGGCACAAGCACAAACAUGAUUAUUUGUAUCGAGAAGCAGCGUCACUUUACAUAAACCACCUUAGGGUUUAUUGGCAAGAGCUGAUAGAUCUUGAUAAUGAAGCAGGAAUGAGCGUUGCAGAUGCAUUAACUUAUGCCUUUCAAAGGCUAGACUCUGACAUCUCUUUAGAAGCCCAGGCUUCCACAGAGGAUGUACUUAUUCGGAACAUUACGCUACAAACGGCUUUUUCAGGAGCCACAGCUUGUGUGUCGCAUGUUGAUGGGGUUCACUUGCACGUUGCAAAUGUAGGAGACUGCAGAGCAAUCUUGGGUGUACAAGAGGAAAGUGGAACAUGGUCUGCCCUACCUCUUACAGCUGACCAUAAUGCCUUUAAUAAAUCUGAAGUUCAAAGAAUACAAGGUGAGCACCCACCUUCUGAGGCACACACAGUUGUAACUGACAACAGAUUGCUGGGCGUUUUAAUGCCUUUUAGGGCUUUCGGAGAUUUUGGCUUCAAAUGGAGCCAGCAGUUGCAAAAAAAUGUAUUGCACAAUGCUUGUGACCUUAAGCCAUUAAACAUUUAUCGGUAUUCUCCUUUAAAUUACCUCACCCCUCCUUAUCUAACUGCUAAACCAGAGGUUACUUAUCAUAAGUUACGCCCCCAAGAUAAAUUUCUUGUUCUGGCUUCUGAUGGUCUGUGGGAUAUGAUGGAGAACCAUGAAGUGGUUAAGCUGGUGGCUGAUCACCUUUUAGAACUGACUUUUCAACAACCAGAAAUAACCGUAGAAAACCGCAGUUUGGGUUACAUUCACAAUCUCUUGAUGAAGAGACGAUUCAAGAGAAGACAGCCGUCUGACCUGAACGUUGCAACACAUCUGAUUAGAAAUGCCAUAGGAACUAAUGAGUGUGGUGAACUUGAGCAAGAAAAACUGGUUGCUAUGUUAAGUUUGCCAGAGGACAUAGCCAGAAUGUACAGAGAUGAUAUCACAGUCACUGUGGUUUUCUUUAACUCAAAUGUUAUAGAAAUGCACUACAGGGAGAUUGAAAGUUUUUAAAGGCUAUAACAAUUUGAUAUUUUCUGUUUACAUAAAUGUUGUAUUUUUUUUUAUUACCCAUGAUGCAAAACGUGUUUAAUACAAAUCAGGCUUGUCUAGCGUAACUCCCAGAGGGCAAAAAGUGAGCGGCCAUUUAACUGUUAUCUGUGCCUUCCCUUUUUAUCUUUUAAUUAAUCUGAAUGCUGUAUGUGUCUGAGCAAGGGAUGAUUUUUAUGUGCUCUGAUUUUAUGAUGACAAUAUUUCUCUUCAAGUAAAUGUGAAACAUAGUGUGUGUGUUUGAUUCUGUACAAGAACAUAGUUCAUUACAUCAUUUACAGCGUUUGCCACAACAGUGCCUUUAGAUCAGGACAAAAGUUCUCUUUUUAAUAUUAAAGAAAAGUGUUUUUUUCUUUUUCAUUUGGUUUUGUUAUAAUAAUAUUUUUUAACAUUGGGGGGGGUCAAUUGCAGUCACAUCACAUGAAAAGGUUGAAUGCCUUUAUUUAGUCUGCUUUUUUUCUAGUUUAAGAACUUUUGAAAAUGAAUAUUAAUAGGACGAUGCAUUAAUAUUCAAAUAGUUUUUAUGAGCCCCAGUAGAUUCCAGCAGUAGCUUGAAGGUGCACAAUAUAAAAUGUAUGUGCUUUUUAAUAAUUAAUAAAAUUCCUUGUUCUUUUAGUAUCCUUUGUUGAAUGAACAGCAAUGCACUACUGCGAGCUAUCUUCACACAUCAGAUAAGCCAAUGACAUGAGUGGCGUAUGUAUGCAGCCACUACCUCUGCUAAAAGAGGUUGGAGAGCAUGCUGCAGGUUUUCUGAUACUGCUACAUAGUGAUUCUUUAGAACAGGACUAAACUAAUUUGAUAAAGUAGGCUAAGCAAAAUUACAAAUUGGGCGUUUCCAAGAGGUGUUUGUCUGGGCAGUUAUAGAUUUGGAUCGUAAAGCCUAAAAAUGUGUGUUUUUUUUUUUUUUUAAACCUUUUUGUUUGCGGCAUUUUUUUUUGCAAUGCAUUGUUUGCUGAUAUAUGUAACAUGCACUUUUUAAAUUGCUUAAAUGUGUCUGUAAUUCCUAUUAUGUCAACUCUCUUUAGGGGGGUGUAUAGAUGACUUCUUUGAUUAUGUAACAAAAGUAUUGGACAAGGGAGGAACAGUUGAUGUAGCAUAUCUAGAUUUCAGCAAAGCAUUUGACACCGUCCCACACAAUAAACUUAUUCACAAACUAUAUCUCCUUGGUCUAGAUUCAAAAAUUGAGGAAUGCUGGCUUAAGAACAGAAAACAAAGUGUCUUAGUAAAUGGAGUUCACUCAGCAGAGGGGGCUGUUACUAGUGGUGUUCCUCAGGGGUCAGUUCUGGGGCCUGUUUUGUUUAACAUAUUUAUCUGCGAUAUCAGCAAAGGGCUACAGGGGAAAGUAUGUCUCUUUGCAGAUGAUACAAAAAUUUGCAACAGAGUGGAUGUUCCAGGGGGGGUAGACAAAAUGAGAAGUGAUAUACAACAAUUGGAGGAUUGGACGAACGACUGGGAUCUAAAGUUUAACACAGCAAAGUGUAAAAUAAUGCAUUUAGGGAAGAAAAAUCCAAAUGUUAAUUACAGACUCAAUGACACUUUACUGACUGUUACAGACGAGGAACAGGACUUGGGAAUUAUUAUUUCAGAUGAUUUAAAACUUAGUAAACAAUGUAGUAAUGCAGCGAGUAAGGCUAGCAGAAUGCUUGGAUGUAUUGGUAGAGGUAUUUGCAGCAGAAAUAGUAAGGUUCUUAUGCCACUUUAUAGAUCAUUAGUUAGGCCUCAUCUUGAGUAUUGUGUGCAGUUCUGGAGGCCAUAUCUUCAGAAGGAUAUUAACAAACUUGAAUCUGUGCAAAGGAGGGCUACCAUAAUGGUACAUGGUCUAAAAAAUAAAACUUACCAGGAUAGGCUCAAUGACCUAAAUAUGUAUAGCUUAGAGGAGAGAAGGGAAAGAGGUGAUAUGAUAGCAACUUUCAAGUACAUUAAAGGGUUUAGUAAAACUGAGGCUGUGGGUAUUUUACAUAAAAUGGAAAAUUCAAGAACAAGCGGUCAUGAGCUCAAGCUAAAGGGUAGUAGAUUCAGGAGUAAUUUGAGGAAGCACUUCUUUACAGAAAGAGUGAUUGAUUUAUGGAAUAAACUUCCUCGAGGUAGUAGCAACAAACACUGUGGGGGACUUUAAAAAUGCAUGGGACAAGCAUAAGGCUAUCCUACGAACUAGAUAAGCUUAUACUGUUAGGUAAGGUCGGGCAGACUUGCUGGGCCUAUGGCUCUUAUCUGCCGUCAAUAUCUAUGUUUCUAUGAUACACCUAUUGGUUUACUUGCAGGCUAUAUGUUCUGGCAUUGGUGUGUUGUGAAUUCUAGUAGUGUUCCAUAGAAAAUAUCCUCCUCCAUAUGGACUAAAAGCAUUUUUGUUUAGACAUUGCUGACUAUCAAGUGGUCUGGGUGACACGUCAGAAAAUAUUAAUUUGGAGCAUGUUUGAGCAUUCAUGCAGGGGCAUUAUUUGGCCUAGGCAAACAAGGCACUUGCCUAGGGCAGCAGAUUGGGUGGGGGGCAACACUUUUUGAGUCUCAUUACACACACUCACUACACGCACACUACACACUCGCCAUAUAUAUACAGACACGUAUAUACACACACGGACUUGAACAGGAACAUUUACUGUGGAAAUGCGAUAGUCACGUUACAACCUCACCAAAAACUAUUAUGGACAAAAAAUGGCCUAAAAUCUGGGGGGCCGCAACAUUUUGAGUGCCUAUGGCUGCAUAAACCCUAAAUAUGCCACUGCAUGCAUGAUAUGCUUUUUCACAGAAUUUAUUAAACAUGGUGAAAUCAUUUACAUUCAUCAACACAUCUCUCCAUCUAGAAACCCUGAACUAUUGUUAAUACUUUAAUUUUGAUAGUUCAGUUUUCUGUCUUGUUGAUGUUUACAAUAAAAUAGGGGUGAAAUAUUCUCUGUCACUUUUUUUUUUUUUUAUUGCUGUCCAACAGACAAAGUGUUAACGUCAACAGCACAAUUCCCUAAACAAAGAUAAUUGGGUGUGUUGAAAUUAGAACAGUUGCAUAAGAACUAUAUACAUUUACAUGUACUGUAUCUAAAUAGCACUAAAAAGCCACCCAAACAUGGUACAGUAGGGUUCAGUGUUCUCUCCAGGACCUUUUUUAUUGAACUCGAAUGAGCUAAUAUUUCUAUUUGUCAAUGUUUGUUGCAAAAAUUAUCAUUGAAUCAAUUUGUUAAAUUUUAUUAAUGCACACGUUGGAUAGCUUAAGUAACUAUUCUAAAUAACAGAAAAUGCUGUAAUAUUGCAAAGCAUUUCACUGUCCCCACCCGGCUACUUCAUAUUGCCACCCGACUGGCAGAAUUUUUUUUUUUUGUGUGGAGAACACUGAGGGUUAUAUGUACAAAUGAUAAAGCUGUUAGUGGUAAAUAAUACGAGGUGCACUUUAAAUGUUUACAUUUUGUACAUUAACAUGUCUGCAUCAAUGGUUACUUAUUAAAAACAAGUCUAUGACUCACAAAUGUGUUUUGUAUGUUUGUAUAUUUAAUAAAAAUAUAUAUAUUUA